UUAGCAUAUAAAGCAAGAAAGAGAGGUAAAACAGACAUGAAGCUGUGGAAAGAGAGAAUCUGAACAAAACGUGUUUACAGCAUGGACAGAGAGACAAUAUAACAGAGGUUAAGCAGUUAGUGCUAAGCUGUUAAAGGCAGGAUAAGGCAGAGAGAGAGAGAGAGAGAGAGAACGAGAGACGUGCAUAAAAUGUCAGUGAAAGGGAGGGGUGGGGGGGCACCGUGAGAAAUAGAGAUAAAGCGAGAGAGAGUGAGAGAAGGAGAGAGAGGUGUUCACGGUGAAGGAUGCUUCCACACACAGUCUCUGGGAGGUAGAGGAAUAGUGACGGUGCAGAUUUAGCAGCUAAAGCCUGUAAUGUGAUAGUAAUACUGUAAUCUAAUGGUAAAGCUGUAAUGUAAUGGUCACGCUAUAAUAUAAUGGUAGUGCUGUAAUGUAACAGUAAUACUGUAACGUAAUGUAAGCGGGCAGAUUGAGAUUAAGUCUAAGUCUAAGCCUGGGACUCAGGGGGCCAAGGGAUGUCUGAGUUGAGGUCCAGAGUGCGCUGUAGGAGAGCUGGCAUCCGGGCAGCCGCUGCGCUCAUUGGACUCCUCCACCGCUCCCGCAGACAGAGGGAGAGGGAGAGACUGCGAGCCAGGGACAGCCAGUGGAAGCAAGAGCUGCUGACUAUCAACAAUGUGCCUCUGGCAGACUGCCCACCUUCUCCCCCAAGAACCGCCCCACCCGCCAUGAAGACUGCACCGUUCUUUGACUCACUAGAAAAGAUGGAGCAGGUGUCAGAGGUGGAUGAGAUGAGGCCAGGCCCACAGAGAGUGAAGGAUGAUUAUAUUCCAUAUCCAAGUAUAGAAAAGGUACUGCAGCAAGGUGCGCCAUACCCUCAGGUGAUCCUUCCACAGUUUGGGGGUUACUGGAUAGAAGACCCCGAGGCUUCGGCCAUCACCCCAAACACAUGGGAAAACUGUUGCAGUUAUGAGGAGGAAGAAGAAGGAAUGAAUCCAGGUGGCGAGUUUGGAUACCGGCUGGAAAGUAACUACGCCAUACGAGCCUACCGCAAGCACUUUCUGGGCAGAGAACACCUCAACUUCUACUGCACAGCCAGUAACCAUGGCAACCUCAUACUGUCCCUCCGCCAAGAGGAGACAAAGGAUCAGGAGUAUCUGCACAUCAUACUGAGGACACCAUCAAAGACUAUUUAUGACAGGAUUUCUCUCGCAGGUCUGACCGAGCUCCCCAGUGUCCCUCAGUUAGCCAAGUUGCUUUGUGAAGAUAUUGUUGGCCUGAGAUUCAGUCCUGUGUUGUACCCAAGGGGUUCUCAGUUAAUAGUGAGCUAUGAUGAGCAUGAGGUUAACAAUACGUUCAAGUUUGGUGUCAUCUACCAGAAGUUUGGUCAGACUUCAGAAGAGGAGCUGUUUGGAAACAGUGAGGAAACGCCAGCCUUCACGGAGUUUCUCCAAAUGCUGGGAGACUGUGUAGAGCUGCAGAAUUUUAAAGGGUUCCGAGGUGGUCUGGAUGUCUGUCAUGGGCAGACAGGUUCUGAGUCUGUUUACACUGUUUUCAGAGGACAGGAGUUGAUGUUCCAUGUCUCUACUAAGCUGCCCUACACAGAAGGAGACACACAACAGCUUCAAAGGAAGAGACACAUAGGGAAUGACAUUGUGGCAGCAGUUUUCCAAGAGGAGGCCACACCGUUUGUUCCCGACAUGAUUGCCUCCAACUUCCUCCAUGCCUACAUCCUGGUCCAAGUGGAGAAUCCUUGUACAGACAACACCACCUACAAGGUGUCUGUCACAGCACGAGAUGAUGUGCCACAGUUUGGCCCCCCCCUCCCAAACCCACCAGUCUUCAAAAAGGGUCCAGAAUUUCGAGAGUUUCUGCUGACCAAGUUGAUCAAUGCUGAGCUGGCCUGCUACCGGUCAGACCGAUUUGCCAAGCUUGAGGAGAGAACGCGAACAGCGUUGCUGGAUAACCUUCAUAAUGAAUUGCACAAACAGACUCAGGCCAUGCUGGGUCAUGCAGUGAGCAGUGAGGAGGAGCGCAUGGAGAAUGGAGGACAUGGAGGAAUACUGGAGUCUAUCAAGCGGGCAAUGCGUGUGCGCAGUCACUCCAUGGACACGAUGGUGGGCUCUCAAAAACACAGCCGCUCCUCCGCAGGGGGAGGAGGAGUGCCCACCAGUCUAAGUGGAGCGGGCCUCACCCAUAGCAGUGCUGAGUGCAAUAAAAACUCGUCCCCCGUAUCAUCUACCACUAAAUCUCCUCUGAAGAGUCCAGUGAAAAGACGCUCUGGUCUUUUCCCCCGACUUCACACCAGCAUGGAUGGGCAGUCCGAUCGCUCAACACGAAGUGUGCUGUGUGAUCAGAGGAGUCUGGACAGCGGUCAUCUCUCGCAGGAGGUGAGGUCAGAGACAUCCUCAAACCCGAGCUCUCCAGAGAUCUGCCUGAGUAAAGACAGGCCAUCUCUGAAACUGAAGGAGUGCAGUGGAAGGCCAGUUAUUUCCCGCUCGUCCUCCAGCACCAGUAGCUUCAGCAGCGCUGCUGGAGACACAGACACACUAGAGGAAGGAGACCCUAACAAUCUCCAAGUUUCUCCAACGUUCUCACCUGUAUGUGGUCCCUCUCUGAGUGUGGACGGUCAGAAUGUAGGAACUCCUGUUAUUAUGUGCCGCAGUCCAACAGAAUUCAAGAAUAGGAAUUCCCCCAGAUCCAAUCUGAAGUUCCGCUUCGACAAGCUGAGCAACACGGCUGGGCAGUAAUGAAAGGACAGAGAAGAGAGACCAGGAGCACUGUGUGAAGUCACACCAGACACUGGCUGUGGAAUGGGACCAUAACACACUGAGGAGGCCACUGGACAUAAAAAUAUUUCUAAAGCUUGAGCUGUCUCUGAGGCAGCGUUUGUUGUUGGUUGCACACACUUUAUAUACACAAAUUAUACACCAUGCUUAAAAUUUUGAACGUUGCCCCACUACAGAUCCUGCUUAUGUGGAACAUUUUGCCUAUGCCUUUCUCUUACACAAAAAAGGCUUUUGAUAAGUUCCUACAAGGAUGAUGUUAGAGCUUUUGAUAGCAAUAGAUAUAUUUUGUUGACAGUGGACAGUGAUGGUCAUGCAAAUUAGGAUAAAAGCAAUAUAUGUUUUAUUCAAAAGCACAAAACAUUCCCCCCAUCUACUCAUUCAUCUGCAGCCAUUGUUCAGAUUGUGCACAUUUGUCACAUUUUAUGCUUGGGGCGGGCAAGCCAGCGAGAAACUGCCUCUGCCAAUUCAGGGGAAUGAGAUGAGAAAAUUAUGUGAUUUUUCCUUAUAUCUAUUUCUAUGCUUGGUAAAGGGCAUGCAGUCCGAAGAAACGAGAUGAAGUACAUUAUAGCACAUUAUUUAGUUUAAUGUAUGUCUUAGGCAGUAGAAAUAAGGCGUUAAGGCAUGUAAGCCUUAAUAUCAAGUACAUCAAACCAAACUCAGAUAUUCAGCCUUUCCGACUUUAGCUGGACUGUGACAUAACCCAAGAGAAAAACAUUUGAUUGUCAUAUUUUCCAUAGGACUGAUGGAUUGAGCCUGUCCUCAUUUCCAUUUGAUUUAUACAUUAUAUUUUAGUAAUAUUAGACAUGUGCACUAUUUUAAGGCAUAUGUCUUAACAGUCAGUGUUCCCUUUAAUGACCCAGUCAGUAUAUAUCAAAGAAUUCUUUUUUUUUAUUCAAGUUACAAGAGAUAUAGGUUUUAUUCACAGGAAAUGGAUAUUUUCUGAACACAUAAAACCAACGAAAUGUCCCAUUUUGGAGAAUUCAUGUCAGUUACUUUCCUCUAUCAACCCAUAAAACUACAGCAAUGUGGAAUUUAAUGCAAUUAGUUGACCUUUUCCAGUGUUUACACAGUGGCUCCAAAGAGAUUAACUUCACUGAGUGUACUCAUUGAAAUGGUACUGCAUCCAGAUGUUCUUGUGGAAGACCAAUGAAGUUGAGACUACUAUAGGCAACAAGAUGUCCACACCUGGUAUUUAUUCUAGUUUUACAAAGGCUGUCUUUGAGCACAGUAAUUGUUUAUAUCUAGACAAAUGCAGACAUGGCACAACAAAGCACUGAAUCAUAGCUUUCUGAAUAGUUCCUUUUUAACAACUGAUACCAUAUAAACAUAGAAGUUAUUAGAAAGCACUUGUUUGGAAAAAUGGCACUAUGAUUUGAGAAAGUCUGAUGAAACCGUCAUGUUUGUCAUUCUUACCUGAAAUAACUUAUUUGUACGCCUACCUACAUCUGCACACAUUCCAAAAGUUGUACAACCCUUGACAUCAACCGUAAAAUGGAUAUGACUGCAUCUUCUCAACCAUUCUGCUAAUGCAGUGCGACACAGCAGUGGUUUAAAUAUCACUUGCAUUUUUAUUGGCUGUACUGUAUAAUAUUGUUAACUUGAAGUAUCCACCGUUUCAACUUAAUUCCAUGACUGACAUUGCUGUAUAAAUGUUUGAUUAAGUCACUGAUAUGUAUAUUUAUUGUGUACAUUAAUUUAAGCAAGAUUAUGGGAUCUGAAUAUGGCCAAACAGAAAUUAAAUCACACAUACUGAUAAACAGCUCUAACAUGUGACAUUGUUUUAGAGAGAAUGAAUGUCCUUCAAUUCUAUGAGAAAGUUGUAUUGAGAAGAUUUUGGUUUCUUGUACUCUGAAUAAUUCCUCAGAUGUAUUAAUUUAUUUCACAAUGAUUGUUCUGCUACAUGUUUAGAUGUAUCUUUAUGACUGCUGAUUUUCCUGAAUAAAAUUGUAUUUUGCAUA